UGCAGGUAUUUUAUAAGGUGAUACUAGUUGAGACAGUAUACAGCAGAGAUUUGUUAUUUGAAGCAUCUAUAUUUGUAAUGUACUGAGCACCAAGAAGACUUCCUUAGGUAGGAAAUGCAAUGACAAAAGCUUCUGGGCAUAGUUUAGCUCCCCGCUGCCAUCAUUGGGUCACACAUAAGUAUUGCAAGCUCUUGGGAACAUAUAAAAAGACCGCACACACAGAAGCUGGGAUCACUGGAAAAGAACUGAGAGACGUGCAGCCCCUUAUUACAGAGCUCACUUGGGAUUUUUAGUAUGGCUCUCAAACAACAGCCUCUCUACUUGCACCUGGCUGAGCUCACUGCCUCCCAGUUCCUGGAUAUAUGGAAACAUUAUGAUUCUGACGGAAAUGGAUACAUUGAGGGCAAAGAACUGGAGAACUUCUUCCGAGAACUGGAGGCAGCACGGAGAGGCGCUGGUGUGGAUGCAUCCAAUGUUAACUUUGGAGAAAAGUUGAAAGAAUUUAUGCAGAAAUAUGACAAGAAUGCAGAUGGCCGUAUUGAAAUGGCUGAGCUGGCCCAGAUUCUCCCCACCGAAGAGAACUUCCUGCUGUGUUUUAGACAACACGCUGGAUCCAGCAUUGAAUUCAUGGAGGCCUGGAGAAAGUAUGAUACUGACAGAAGUGGUUAUAUCGAAGCCAACGAGUUGAAGGGCUUUCUGUCCGAUCUUCUAAAAAAAGCUAACCGUCCUUUUGAUGAGAAAAAACUUCACGAAUACACACAAACUAUUCUGCGCAUGUUUGACUUAAAUGGUGAUGGAAAACUCUGCCUGUCGGAGAUGUCUAGACUGUUACCAGUGCAGGAGAACUUCCUACUGAAAUUUCAGGGGAUGAAGCUGAGCAGUGAUGAAUUCAACUCAAUAUUCAGUUUUUAUGAUAAGGAUGGGAGUGGCUAUAUAGAUGAAAAUGAGCUGGAUGCUUUGCUGAAAGAUUUCUUUGAAAAAAACAAAAAGGAUGUGGAUAUCCAGAGUCUAACUGGUUACCGCCAAAGCAUCAUGUCUCUGUGUGAUGGGGGGCGUCUGUAUCGCAAAGAGCUGGAGAUUGUACUCUGCAAUGACUCUCCCUCCCUUAAGUAGUGUGGGACCAUUCUUCCUUACACAAGCAGCACUGCACUGAGCUCCUGUAUCUUGCCCCACCCUACCCUUGAGAAGCGAGAGGAGAGAGUACUGUGCAUGAAAGAGAAGUGAAGAGAUGGUAGAUAAGAGUACUGAUUGUGAAAGGGUGACAAUAGUAAUGACAAUGUCUAUUAACAAGGGGAAUACUGUGUAGGAUACAAAUUCUUGUGUGUCAGUAAGAGACCUCAGGAAAGGGUAUAGUGAUUGGCAAAUGUCAGUUUAAGUUCCAUAUGAAAACAACUUGUGUGUUUGGAUAAGCAGAAAACUGAGAUCUACUAGAGUGUCUGUGUUUGAGAGAAAAGUGAGACUGAGAAAAGUGUUUGGUUUAGAUGUACAGGUGCUAGAAGUCCACAAGCUGACAUCCCUGUACAUGUUAAAGGUACCCCAGUAUGUAGGAUAUGGAAUCCAUAUUCUAGGCACUAUCUCUUAUGGCAAAGAUGGAUAACUAACUAAAGCAACUGUACUGCUAGCAUGCUGAUUGGCAGAAGCCAAGUAGUGAGAAAGUAAGCAACCAUGCACGUCCUUCAGCCUCACAAACCAACACUUUAUUUUACUCACAUCUCCAUAUUCUUAGUUCUCUCUGGUACCUCUCACUGUGGGCAAUUCACUUGUCUAUGUUCCAAUAUUACUGCACUCUCUCUUUCCUCUCUCACUCUCUCCUUCUGCUUCUCUAAACUAGAUACCUGCUCUCCUGGGUUUAAGAUGGGGGGGUUUGCCUCCUUUCUAAUCAGCUUGUGGUUACCACAGAGUGCAUCCUUUUAUUUUUGGGUUUUGCUUGUUUAACCUGUUUACCAAAGAAUGAAUAAAUCUGACAGAUCCAGUG